AUGGUCAUCUGGCAGGUGCUCACCCGCAAGCUGCCCUACGCCGAUGAUCACGACGGAGGCAGCGGCGGCGACCACCAGAGAAGAAACCUGCACGGCGUGAUCGAGGCCAUUCUGGCCAACCGCCGCCCACCGAUCCCCAGCGACUGCCCACCAGAUCUGGCGGCCCUCAUCAAGAAGUGCUGGCACCGCAACCCGGCCAAGAGGCCCGAUAUGACCGCAGUGAUUUCGCUCUUCUGGCACAGCGGCCUGGUGGAGUGGCCUCUUCACCGCACCUACCCCGCUCAGCUGCCCGUCCAGCGUCAGCUUCAACGAGCUGCGGCCCGACCCGAGGCUGUGGUCGACCAGCGACUCAACGUGAUCGGCGUGCGCAACCUCAAGAUCGCCGACGCGUCGGUGCUCGCCGCGCAAGUGGGCGGCGGCAACGCGUUCACGGCCAACGUGAUCGGCGCCCGUGCGGCAGACUUUGUGCUUGCCGACUUCUGA